AGGCACUGUUGCCUAUCUGUCCAUCAUUGUAUAAAGCCCGCCUGGACGAUUGGAUUGGUCCGUACAAUUCUCAAGUUUUCAUAGAGGCUUGUCAAUAAAGCAAGUCCAGACCGAAUUUCCAGAACUCAAAUUUUGUAGGCAGGGUUAAAUUCGGAGAAUCAAGAAACUCCAAGGCACUCUCUAUUGAAAAAGUUAAAAAGCCUUUAUUAUCAUGGCUUGGUCAAGUUAACCUUCUAAAAAACUCUAGCGCGUUUCAGCUACAUGCCUUCUUCUGGGAGUUAAAGAAGGGUUAAAUUCAGGUUGGCUCCUGAUAAUUUAAAAUUAAAUGCAUGUAGCUUAAUCAUGUAAAUUUUGCAGGAAAGCAAACUAGUCAUUGGCAUUUAUUUUGUCUUUUAAAUCACAGGGAGACAUACAUGAUCAAUACAGCCUACAUAGCGGUGUGCAUUUAUAGUCUUUAUUACACGACACACAGUGAGUAGGCUAAUAAUUGGAUUUAGGUAAUUGCUACACAUCUGCUAAAAUGUAUUGUCAUAGUUAGUUAUAAUGCAAUUAUUUAAUUAUUUUAUUUACCACAAAGCCUGAUAUAAUAUAGCCUAAACCAUGCAGGUAGUAGUAGUAAUGCAAGAAUCGGUAGCUUAAUCCAAGUAGGCAGUCGUUUUGUCAUCUUCCAGAAAUGCUUUACCAUGCAUGGGCACUCGAGGACGUUCGUGGCCAACACUAAAUUUGUGCAUGACCGGUCAUCUGCCAAUCAGCAUGUAAAAACUAGUGCCAGAAGUCGACCCAUAGAACACCAUAUUUUAAAAAAUGUGCAUUUACCUAUAAUCCAUAGAAGCUGGAAUUUACCAAAAUCACUCAGCAUUACCAUCACCAUACAGGCUCAUAUCCAGUUUACAGCCACAGUAGAUUAUUCCAAGCAAAGGAGUAAAGUGUGCUAUUUUCUGAGCCUGAUAACUUCUUUUGAAAUUGUAAGAAGAACUUAAGCAUGUACAAACGUCAGCUAAGUCGAAAAUGUAUUAGGUUUAGCAGUUCACCCGUUUAUCAGAAAAUAAGAAGUUACUUGUAUUAUUGAUAUUAUUAUCCCACAAUGUGUAGAAUAAACGAAUUGCUUAAUUAUCUUAAUUGCUUAUAUCAUUACAAGACCAGCAAGCUGUGAUGCUGUCAUUAGUAAUUGAAUCUCUGAAUAGUGAUGUGUAACUGUGUGAGAACAUUUCAUUUUGUCAUGUGCAUUUGUCUUUGAUUUCUCUCUCAUCCUUGCAUCCCCUCCUCAUGUCCCCAAGGGUGUUUCUCAGAAGGAGGAGCUAAAAUGGAGGAAGGGAGAACUGAAAAAUACACAAAUAAAAAGUACCAGUAUUUGUCAUCAUCAGAUUUACCAGACAUAAUGGCAGCCCAUGUGCUUUUAACAGAGUGGUGCUAAUAUAUGUCCCUCAAAGGGAGAUUGCGGUAGCAGAGGAUAGGUCUCCUCUCCCGGUACACAUUCUAGAUGUGUUAUAGAUGUGAGCAGGAAUAAUUACUAGGGAUCUGGGGGAGCCUCUGACUGAAUAUGCUGAUUCUAUGGAAAGCCUUCUGCUGUCCAAGGUGUAGGUCAUGUAGGGGAUGUAAAAUGUUGUCCAUUAGGUUGACCAAUUGUGCAACAUACUUCCUCUAGGGUCCCAGAGCAGUCUUCAGUGCAGAGCUAGUCUUCUUUAUUAACCUGUUAAUUUUCUACUAAAUCUGGCUCUGAUGUUGCUGCUAUAUGUCAAACAUGCCUUUGUAAACAGCUGAAGAUAAAGAUAUUAUCAUGACUAAGCAUGGGGAAGUUUGAGCAGUGGAAGACAAAAACAUUCCAUGAUUGAAUACUAGAGUGCCUGGUCCCCUGGCAGAUGUGGAAUAUCCAAACCCAUAGCGUAAUCCCUGAGUGUACGCAACAGGGGCUUUUCUCUCAUAUCAUAGCACUGUCCCCACCCACUGAUUUUGUUCUUUUAAUGAUUGUGACCUCAUUUCCUUAGUGUCAUAUGUAGCCAAUACUUUUCGUUUCUUUCAGAGCAAUGUUUUUAGAAAAGGCCUUUAAAUUAGCUGCAUGCAGAGUAGUCAACUCUCUGUGAAGCAUAAAAUCUAUAAAAUCUAUAAACAUAGCAGGUUCAUAGAUUAGCAUGUGGAUGCUGUAUAAAUAUGACUUCAAAAUGAUGAUCAUGCGAAAAAGUGACUUUCUUGUGAACAAACCUCAAGUGAUUUCCUGUUUUUGUUACACAACAUGCAUAUCUGUGUGGGAGGCCACCCAACACGAGAAUGCAGGUCUGAGAAUCGUACCUACAAUGGCUUUUUGCAGGUUUGCUGAUUCAGACUGAAAAACGAAACUGACAACUUCCUCUCGCUCCCUGAGUCAAAAAGGCCAGUGGAAAAGAAAAAGUCAUUACUCAUUACUGGUCUCCUUGGUUCCAGUUUUCCAGUGUCGAAGAAGUGGUUUUCCUUUGUCCUGAUGGAUUAAAUGUAUAUGCAUAUAUAUAUAUACACAUAUACAGGUAAGACAGGUAUGUAUGUCAACGACUCCCUUGGAAAGCAUCUACUGUUCUUCAGAAUUAUUUAGCUAAAGAAUAAAAUGCAACCGACUGUUUUGUAUCUCCUUGCAAUAAUGUGCUCUGCUUUAGCACAGGCUGCAAUGCCACUGAAGGACCUUAAGAUGCUAGAAUUGUAUAAGGAUGUAAAAAGGUUAAACAAAAGUUUGCAGCACGAUGGAUCUCUAAGUUUGAAUAACCCUGGGACUGAAAUCAAGGAAUGUUGCAUGGCGUCAGCUCUUCAGUGCUACAGAAGUCAGCUGCUCCUUCUCAAAGUCAGCAGCACUAAACUGCGUUACAAAGUUUGUAAAAGCCUGAGCAGUCCUCUUAUUUCUGAGAAACUGGAGGGAAGCAGUGAAGACUGUCAGAAGAACCCACAGUGCCAGUCUUGUGAUUUAUAUCCUAAUACAAACAGCAAGGAGUUCAUGUCGAAGUUAACUUCUCUGCUUGAAAUGGCCAACAGCAAUUAAGAUGAAGUGGGAGCUUGCUUUUAAAUAUGAAGAAGACACUACUCCACGAACACUUCAGAGCUACUAUGCAUUAUGUUAUUAGAUUAUGGUAUUUAAUUUAUUUAUUAACAAAUAUACUUAAAUAACUUUCAACAUAAACAUGUAAUAUUUUUGUGUUGGCCUGUGUAUAUCAUGUUCAUUUCCUUUUGAAAAAGGUGGUCCCAUUUCAACUUUCUCAGUUCACUAGUGCAUGUUGUUGUGAAAAUUUGUAUGUUAUAGCAAAUUCACAUAAUUGAAUACUACUCAUUAUGUACAUCAUAACCAUUGAAACGUUCUCAAACAAAUUGACAUUGUAGUCAUCUUGAAACUUGCACUGGGUCAACUUGCAAUGGGAACUGUUACUGCAGUAAGCUUAUGGUAUUUAAUUUAUUUAUUGACAAAUACAAAACAACUUUCAACAGA